AUGUUUGGGGAGUGGGGGAGCCUUUGGAAAAUUAAGGCGCCACCAAAAACUAAGCAUCUUAUUUGGCGUGCGUGUCGGGGAUGCCUUCCUACUAGGAAAAACCUUAGACACCAUUAUGUUCCGUGUCCCGCUAGUUAUCAGAUGUUUAAUGCGGAAGUGGAGGAUGAGUGGCACAUUCUUUUUGGUUGUGUACAAACUAAUAAUUGUUGGACUGUUGCAGGUAUUGACCAUCUCAUUAGACCGCGUCUUACUUUAUUUGCUAAUGUGAGGGAGAUGAUCCUAGACAUAUGUUUGAAGGAAGAUUUCAAAGACGCGGGGAAAGUGGCGGUUAUGAUGUGGGUGUUGUGGAACAAUAGGAACAAUUGGAUUUGGAAUGAGAAGAAACAAGAUGCUAAUCAAUUAGGGAUUCAAGGUCACCAUAUGUGGCAGGAGUGGUUCGCGGCUCAAAGUCAAACAAGUAGCGACAUGCCGAGAGCCCACCAUCAAAAUACAUGGCAGCCACCUCAUUCGGGUUGGUUGAAGUGCAACGUGGAUGCGGGAUUCAAUACUAUUCUUGGUACGACUAAUGGAGGUUGGUGUGUUAGAGAUAGUGGUGGAAGAUUCAUGGUGGCGGGUACUUUGUGGAAUAGGGGAAAUGUCUCUAUUGUUGAAGCUGAAGCAAUUGCUUUGAAGGAAGCCAUCCAAGGUGCCAUCAACUUACACUUGCAACACAUCAUCUUUGAAAGCGAUUCCCAAAUUGUGGUUCAAGCUACUAAGGAUCCUUCAUUGGGUAAUUCUGAAUUUAGUUUGAUUAUUAAUAGUAUCCGUAAUUUACUUAGCUCCCGUAACGACUUUGAGGUCAAGUUUGUUAAGCGCCAAGCUAAUUGUGUUGCCCAUAGUCUUGCUAAGGCGGCAAAUUCUUGGUCUCGGCGCGCGGUUCUUUAUUGGAUUCCUCAGUGUAUUGAACAAGUUUUAAUUAAUGAUAUGAUUUGA